AUGCUGGUUCUGCACGACGAAGCCACUUUGAGACACAAAACUGUGGAGAUACUCGGUGCUAAAUUCAUUAACGCCCUAGAAUGUCCGGAGAGAAUCGCCAAUAUUCUCCAAGCCGUCAAAGAGAACGGACAGCACAAAGUUCUCACUUUUGACGCAGCCCAGCAGAUCGCUGACGAUGGAAUCAUCACAGACUCUCUGCUGUCCAAAAUGAUCUCGGACAGUCAUGACGCAGCCUAUCUCACCCAUCUACGCACAAUUCACAAAGAGUGGGUAGUUCUUGGCAACAUCAAAGAAGACGAAAGUGUCAUACCUGAGUGCUUCCCAGUUUCAGGACUCAUUGGCAAGGGAGGAAACCUUUCAGUGCCACAAGACAGCUUUGCACGACCCGGCUAUUUCUCUUUCGACCUCAGUGCGGGAGUUUGUAAAGACACUUGGCUGUCCGCCUGUGCUAGUGCCAACCUUGCUGUGGAGGCCGCGCGCAGUGUUGUUUCCAGCAAGGGGGACGAAAAGCGCGUAGAAGGCCAAACUAAUGGCACCUGCAAAAACGUGUUGGCACUCUGCCGACCGCCCGGCCACCACUGCACCACUCGUCUGGCUGGGGGAUACUGCUAUAUCAACAACGCCGUCGUUGCUGUGCAUGCGCUGCGCCACUUUGGGGUGAAGAGCGACAUGGCCAUACUUGAUCUGGACUUCCAUCAUGGAAAUGGCACACAGGACUACUUCUAUGGCGACGUGUCGGUGCUGUACGUGUCGCUACACGGCGAUGGCGAGUAUCCGUACUACAGUGGUAGUACGUCUGAGAUUGGCGAAGGGAGUGGUACCGGCUUCAAUGUCAACCUGCCGCUUCCGGUGUGCUCCUCCAUCACGACAUAUCUCGACACGCUCAAAGUCGCGAUCGAGAGGUUAGAGACAUAUGCGCCAGAAUAUCUGAUUGUCAGCCUUGGCUUCGACACGUUCCAUUUAGAUCCGCUUGGGUCGUUUGACCUGCACACCGAGCACUAUGAGGAAAUUGCAUCGGCCAUACGGCAGGCUGAGGGGCUGCGUAAUGUCUCGAGCGUCAUUUUGCUGGAGGGCGGGUAUGUGUUGGACGAUUUGGGGCCAAAUAUACUGAGCUUCUUAAGAGGUUGGGAUUCGUCCUCAUAG